GCGGGCAUCGGGUCACCAGGCAUCAGGUCAUUUGGCUCGACCGCGGGCACCGCGUCAUCUGGCAAGGCAGUGGGCACCGAGUCAACUGGUAUGACCGCGGGCACUGGGUCAGUACAUUGGAUCGUCUGACUGGACAGCGGGCAUCGGGUCACCAGGCAUCAAGUCAUUUGGCUUGACAGCGAGGCACCCGCGUCAUCUGGCAAGGCAGUGGGUUCCGAGUCAACUGGCAUGACCGCGGGCAAUGGGUCAGACAUUGGAUCGUCUGACUGGACAGCAGGGCAUCGGGUCACCAGGCAUCAGGUCAUUUGGCUCGACAGCGGGCAACGCGUUAAUCUGGCAAGGCAGUGGGCUCCGAGUCAACAGGCACGACAGUGGGCACCGGGUCAUCAGGUACCGGAUUGUCUGGCUCGACAGCAGGGCAUCGGGUCACCAGGCAUCAGGUCAUUUGGCUUGCCAGCGGGCACCGCGUUCAUCUGGCAAGGCAGUGGGCACCGGGUCACCAGGCAUUGGAUCGUCUGGCUCGACAGCGGGCAUCGGGUCACCAGGUACGACAGCGGGCUCUGAGUCAAUUGGCACAGACAGCGGGCACCGGAUCAGGUACGGAUCAUUUGGAUCAACAGCAGGGGCAUCGAGUCAACUGGCCUAAUAGGAUCGUCAGGCUGGAUCAGUUCAUCAUGCUGGGUAGAGCAUCAGGC